AUGCCCGAGAUUGAGAGUUAUGCACACAACGGCAGUCUUCCUCAUCCGGAGAAGAUCAUCAAUGAAGAAAAUGCCAUCUUGAGAGAUUGGAAUCCGCGAGCACUCGUGCGAGCUCUGUGUCGUAUGAACCGAGAGUGGAAACAAAAAGAAAUCGCUUUGUCAGCAUGGAAGGUCAUGUUGAGGUGCCCUCAGAUGAGACAUCCACCUGUUGCUGAAUUGGAGAGACAUUGGAAACAGCUUUAUAUGCGCACCAAAGAAGGAAGAUUACAGAUUUUUGUGAGUGAGAGAAAUCCUAAUAAUCUAUACAAUUUCAAAACGUAUCACUUUUGGAGCGACCACUGCAAAAUUUCGAUCAGAACGAAAAGUGAAAUGUUGUGA